CUUUCGCAGUACUUUCGCGCUGUGCCGGCAGCCCUGCAGGCAAUUACGGCAGCGAAAUUGCGUAUCGGGACAUCGCGCAAGCACGCUGCCCAGCCAUGCGCCUCCUCGCCCUCUUCACACUCUGCUAUGCAGCCAAGAAGCCAGACCCAGCCUCGAAACGCCUAGUGAUCAUCAGCGGCCCGCGGACCGGCUCGUCGCUACUCAUCCAGAUGCUGCGCGCCCACGACCAGGUCCUCAUGCACGGCGAGCCCUUCCACGAGUUCGACGUGAGACAAUCGCGCAAGGACGGCUUCGACGGUGGCGUGGUCAUCGAGGACUCCGUCUAUAAUGAAAGGCACAGCGACCCCCAGAAAUUGCUCGAGGCCAUCACGGCGACGGCCACGAAGGAGCUAGUGGGCUUCAAGCUCUUCCGGAAGCACGUGCCUUCGCAUAAACUAGGUGAGGUGCUGCAGUGGGCCACCCAUGUCAUCUGGCUGACGAGGGAAGAUAGGCUCGCCCAAUAUGUCUCAAUCUGUCUGGCGCUGAAGUCGGGAAGUUGGGUGCAGUUCGAGGACGCCAAGGAUACGAAAAGUGAAUUGCGGGUCCGUGGGGCGGCUCUGAGGCACGCUCGUAAAAUAGGCUCCGUCGUACUCUCGGACGAGUACUUUAGGCUGUGGCAGGGCGCCCAGGCGGAGUUCGCGGCUUAUGCGGAUGGCAUCACGACUUUGCUGGGAGUGGAGAACAAGGCCCCCCAAAUACUGAGGUUGUCCUACGAAGCUGAUCUCUGCCACUCUACGCUAAGAAAUGACACGGCGCAGCGCAUCCAGGCCUUCCUUGGAUUGGCUCCACCGUCACGGAACAUGAGACUACCUCUAAGACAGGGCCGCGACGACCUUGCAAUGCGAGUGAGCAACUGGGACGACGAGUUCGUGAUCGACGCGCGGCGGCAAUUCGACGACAAAAGAUGUCGGAUCGAAGGGCGACGGAAACGCAAGUCCUAUUCUGUGAACGCCCCGGUGACGAAGAUCGACGGUGUCCUGGGGGCCGCGAACGCUUUAUUGAGGGGCGGCGCGACGGAGUCCUUCGUGGCCCGGUUGGAGCGGCGCGAGAAAGAAAUGGCGGCGCGCAAGGAGUUCGAGGCGAAGGAGCGUUUGAGGGCUAAAGAAGUGUGGGAGCGCGAUAGGCAGCGCUUGGCGCGGCGCCAAGAAGAGGCCGCGGCGCGCGAGGCCAAGGCGGAGAAACGCGCGGCGCACCUGGGCCGCGACGGCGCCGCGCGUUUGGAGAGGAUGAUGGCCUUCCGGCGCGCGAAGGGCCUCGGCGGCUCGUCUCGCGUUCCUCCUCCUCGCCGGCGAGAAGAGCCCCGGCGGCUCCAGGAGCGGGAGCGGGAUUUGGACGAGGAGAGGAACGUGUGCAUCGAGGGGCGGGAGGUGCUCGCGGGCAUGACGCGGGGCGUCGGGUAGGGUCAAUGUGUGUAAGUUGUUGAAGGCG